AUGCCGGCGCAGGUCGUGGAGGUACAGGACAACUGGGAGCGUUUCUGUAUCCACGCUACAAACUGGCCGCAGCAAGUUGAUUGGGCGCUUGGAAAGUUGCGGGACCUCCAGAAAGCCAUGAACCAGUUAGAACUGGGUCUGCUCGAGAUGGAGAGUUGCAGGGAGGGACAGCAGCUGGUGGAACAGAAACUGCUGGACAACGCCCAGCCCAACUGCACAGACUACACUGAGACAAUGAGGAAUCAGCAAAUUCAACUAUUUUGCCCUUUCCACAAUAUCAAACCGUUUUCCCAAGACUUCUUGUGUGCUUCUGUACAGCCCCCAUGGCAGAGAGCAGUCUCUCACAGUGAAGUUCCUUAUUAUAUCAAUCAUGAGAAGCAAACCACCUCUUGGGAUCAUCCAAAAAUGACUCAGCUAUUUCAGUCAAUGGCCGACCUGAGCCACGUGCAUUUCUCUGCCUACCGGACAGCCAUGAAGAGUCGCAGGCUACAGAAAGCCCUGUGCUUGGACCUUUUGGACUUGAGCACAGCUCAGGGCAUUUUUGAUCUUCAUAAUCUCACCCAGAAUGCACGAAUGCUGGAGAUCCCGGAGAUCAUAAACUGUCUCUAUACGGUCUACACUGUGCUGAAGCAAAUACACCCAGAUCUGGUGAACGUUCCUGAGUGUUUGGAUCUUUGUCUCAACUGGCUCCUCAAUGUCUAUGAUCCAGGUAGAAGUGGAAAAGUUCAAGUGUUGUCCAUGAAGGUGGGAUUGCUCUCUCUUUCAAAGGGACAUCUUGGGGACAAGUACAAAUACCUCUUCUACCAGGUUGCAGACCCCUCUGAUAAAUGUAACCAGAAGCAGCUGGCCCUGCUGCUACACAGCACCAUACAGGUCCCCCACCAGCUGGGUGAAGCAGCCGCAUUUGGAGGGAGCAACGCAGAGCCAAGUGUCCGCAGCUGUUUCCAGCAUGGAAGCAGUGGGGAGGAUAUUGAGCUGGAGCAGUUUGUGGACUGGAUGCAUCUGGAACCUCAGUCCAUGGUUUGGUUGCCGGUACUUCAUCGUGUCGCCGCGGCUGAGACGGCCAUUCACCAGGCGAAGUGUAAUAUCUGUAAAGAUUGCCCCAUGAUGGGUUUCAGGUAUCGCAGUUUGAAGCAUUUUAACUAUGAUGUUUGCCAGAACUGUUUCUUCUCUGGGAGGACUGCCAAGGGUCACAGCCUGAUCUAUCCAAUGGUGGAGUACUGUACCCCUACAACCUCUGGGGAAGAUGUACGUGACUUCACCAAGGUGCUGAAAAACAAAUUUCGAUCAAAGAAAUACUUUGCUAAACAUCCACGGCUGGGUUAUUUGCCGGUUCAGGCAGCUCUAAGAGAGGAAGAGAAUCCAGAGAUGACUGAAGAGCACAGAUACUCUCAGCCAUACCAUAAGACCCCCAGUACGGCAUCCUGCGUUAAGGGAAGAAUGCACCAUACCCAGGAGACUACUGACAUAGAGCAAGAACAACAAAGACAAGGACAAGAAUGUCUUAGCUCUCCACAGGUGGAAAGGAACAGAUAUUCCAACAGCAUGAGAAGAAAGAGCCUUUGGGAACAAUGA